AUGAGCGAGGGAGGUAGUAUGGAGAAAUCAGAGGGAAGCUCUGUGUCACAAGGUGAUGAGGAUGGGUCUCAAGUCAACAAGCCUGCCCAACUUCCUGAACUCAGCAGCCGUGCAGCAAAAUUCAACAGACUUAAUGAACAUCGCCAUGCAUCUCAUGACAGUGCAAGGCAAGACAGUCUCAGCCGACCUUCUACCCACUCUACAGAGCCUUCUUGUUCUGACCAUGACCUUGACCUGAAGUCUACGCUUCCCUUGUCACCUUCCUCUCAAUGCGCUGAUGUUCCACUACCUGAAAUUAAAUCAGCAACUGAAACUCAUCAGUUUAUUACACCUCCUGAAAACAAGAAGGCCCCAGACUUAGAAUGGACUUUUUAUCCAAGGUUUGGUCUUCACACAUAUCAUAUUGGGAAGCGAUGCGUCUUCAAUGGUCUCUUCCUCCGAAACAAAACCUCUGCAUCAGAAAGGAUGUUAGAAACGCGUUUGGGAAGAAAAAAACAUGAAAUCGAUCACAGAAAUGGCAUUGCAAUGGUAACCCCCUGUGACAACUGCUACAGCUGUCCAGAACACAGCAGAAACUUUCACAAAUUUGGAUCAACAAGGCCUGUGGUGAACUUUGGGUGUGCAACAUACAAAAGGAAAGCAGAUACAUUUAUCCCUCUCCAGCGCUUGUCACGGACUCCUUGCAUACCUUUCCACGUGAAGGAGAAACAGCAGGAAUUGGAGAAAGAAAGGAAUGAUGUGAAAAAUCUAGACAGAUGGAAGCCAGCUCCAACACUGCUUCAGGCUUUGGGUGCUAGUGUAUUAGCGCACCGAAUCAGACAGCGUGAAUCGUAG